GGAUAAUGGGGAGGCUAUGCAGGGGUGUGGGCUGGAGGGACUUUGCAGAUGUGAUUAAGGAUUGUGAGAUGGAAAAAUUAUCCUUGAUUACCUGCACGGACCCAGUAUAAUCACAACUGUCCUUAUAAGAAGAGGAGCUUUGGAAGAAGAGAGAGUUGACUACGGAAGAGGGAAAAGUGCCACAGACAUGGCCAACAGGACCAACGCCUCUGCCCCAUACUACAGCUAUGAAUACUACCUGGACUAUCUGGACCUCAUUCCCGUGGACGAGAAGAAGCUGAAAGCCCACAAACAUUCCAUCGUGAUCGCAUUCUGGGUGAGCCUGGCUGCCUUCGUGGUGCUGCUCUUCCUCAUCUUGCUCUACAUGUCCUGGUCCGGCUCCCCGCAGAUGAGGAACAGCCCCAAGCACCACCAAACAUGCCCCUGGAGUCACGGCCUCAACCUCCACCUCUGCAUUCAGAAGUGCCUGCCGUGCCACAGGGAACCCCUGGCAACCUCACAGGCUCAGGCGAGCUCAGUGGAGCCAGGGAGCAGAACUGGCCCUGACCAGCCGCUACGACAGGAGAGCUCCUCCACCUUGCCCCUCGGGGUUUUCCAGACCCAUCCCACUCUCCUCUGGGAAUUGACCCUCAAUGGGGGUCCCCUCGUCAGGAGCAAGCCCAGCGAGCCUCCCCCUGGAGACAGGACCUCUCAAUUGCAGAGCUGAUGUCAGUAAAUCGUGGCCAUAGCUGAGUGAACUGGUGAAAUCAAGCCAACCUGGACACAUACGUUCCUCAUUCUUCUUAGAGGCCAUUUGCAUGUAGCAGAAAGGGCGCCUAGGUCAAGUGCAACUAGAGCAGGAGCAUCCUAUGCCUUUGACAAAGAUUACAGUGGCCCCUCGAGUGCAGAGGUCAUCCCAGGUGUUGCUGAGUUUAUUGAGCACACCUAGCCUGCUUUUUUACUGCUUAUAUUUGCUUAGGGAAGAGUAGGAAAAUAAAAUAUACGCAAAUCAA